UUUUAUGAUUCUUUUUCUUGCUUUUGGUGCAAAUAGAGCGGAGCAAGGGAGCAGAGCAUUUUUGCCUCGCUCGCUCCUGGUUUUUUCUUCUUCUUCUUCUUGUUCUUCUUCUUCUUUUUUAUUUUUGUCAUUUUUUUUGGAUCUACCCGCCUUCCCGGGCUCUGCCCGGAGCUCAGCUCCAAGCCAACAAGUGGAUCUGGUCUUUUUUGCACCCCGGCGCCCGCGGGCCGAGCGGGCUGGGGACCCGGGGGGCGGGGGGCAGGCAGAUCUCCGCGCCCGGGGGCUGACUAUGGAAGAGCAGCCGGACAGCCAAAGUCCCCGGGAGCCUGCGAGCACCACGGCGAGCGGCAGCAGCAGCGAUGGAGAGAGCGGGGCCGUGUCCCCCAGCCCCGCGCCCGCCUCCCCCCUGCCCCUGCCCCACCACCACCACCCGCCCCCGCCGCCGCCGCCGCCGCCGCCGCUGCACCGCACCACCAACUUCUUCAUCGACAACAUCCUGAGGCCGGACUUCGGCUGCAAGAAGGAGCAGGUCCUGGUCGUCGCGGGAGCGGCCCCGGCAGGAGCAGGAGGAGCAGGAGGAGGCGGCGGCUGCAGCGGCCGGGACAGGGACCGGGACCGCGGGCAGAGCUCAGGUAGAGAAAACGUCCAGCCGCUGCUAACGCGGCCGCCCCACCCGCCCUCGCUGCUUUGCGCGGAUUCAAACUGUCGCCCCGACAGCGCCGCGGCGGCGCCUCCCGCCCCGGCGGCGGCUGCUGCUGCUGCUGCUGCUGCUGCCUCGAAGGCGAACCCGGCGGCGGCGGCGGCGGCCAAGGCGCCCUCGGACGGGAGCGGACCUACCGCGGCCAAGUACGGGGAGCAGGCCAGCUCCGCCAUCCUGCUCAUGGGCUCUAAUAAUGGAGGACCUGUUCUAAAGCCCGAGUCGCAGCAGCCGCUGGUCUGGCCUGCCUGGGUUUACUGCACUAGGUAUUCAGACAGACCGUCUUCUGGUCCCCGCACCAGGAAGCUGAAGAAGAAGAAGAACGAGAAGGAGGACAAGCGGCCGCGGACUGCCUUCACUGCCGAGCAGCUGCAGAGACUCAAGGCGGAGUUCCAGGCCAAUCGCUACAUCACGGAGCAGCGGCGGCAGACGCUGGCCCAGGAACUCAGCCUCAACGAAUCCCAGAUCAAGAUCUGGUUCCAGAACAAGCGGGCCAAGAUCAAGAAAGCCACGGGCAUCAAGAACGGCUUGGCCCUUCAUCUCAUGGCCCAGGGACUGUACAACCAUUCCACCACCACCGUGCAAGACAAAGACGACAGCGAGUAGUCAGGCAGCCCAGCUCACCCCGCCCCACCCCGAUUAUUAUUAUUAUUAUUAUUAUUAAUAUUAUUAUUGCCAGGGAAGGACAAGAAAAGACACGCACACACGCACUCACGCACACACACACACAAAGGACUGACCAGUGCAAAGGGACACACGGAGGGGGACUUGGACAGGUGCUAUUUAAAAUCAAAUCUAUUGUCUAUCCAUAGUAUAAGGACUCCAAUUUAAAAAAAAAAUUAUGAACACUUACAAAAAUUAUCUCUAUAUAGCCAAACAGCAUAUGACCUUGUAUAUAUUUAAUUUCAGGUAAGAAAUAUGUGUAGCGAUCUCUAUUUGCUGGACAGCUUCUCUCUCUCUCUCUUCUUUCCCUUUCUUUCUUUUGUUUGUUUGGUUCUUCUGUUUCUUUCUGUUCGCUUUCUCUCUCCCUUUUUUUUGGAUGUCGUUGGCUCUUGUUUUGAAGUAAAUGUUUGACUCUCUUGACCUUUGAUUUGAUUUGAUUUUAUUUUUUUCUUCCGUGUGAAUCUCUGUCUUUUUUUUUUUCUGAGGGAAAAAAAAAAUCUGAUCCACAGACUGCGAGACUGAACCCGCCGCUACAAGCCAAAGAUUUUAUUAUGUUCAGAAAUCUGUAGUCUGAAAUAAAGUGUAGACUGUGUUCAGGA